UAGUCAACAUAUCAUUUUCGAAGCGGAUUGCAAUCAUUUUCUUUUUCGGUGGCUGCUAGAGCGUUGACCAGUUUAACAGUUCAGGCUAGAGAACUGAUAACGCUGUUUCUUCUUCUCUGUGCUGCGUUAGAAAUUCUAUCGUGUUCUUUUGUGUGGCGUGUCUUCUAUAUGGCAAAGAAACCUGUCAAAUACUUUGUGGUCGACGCAUUCACUGAUGUACCAUUCAAAGGGAACCCCGCAGCAGUGUGUUUCCUAGAGGAAGAGGAAGAGAGGAGCGACCACUGGUUGCAAGCUGUAGCCGCUGAGUUCAACAUCUCUCAGACUUGUUUCUUAACCCGGAUUGUUGACUCUGAUACCUCUCUUGACUCUCUCAAUGCCACCUCUAAUCCCCGUUUUCGCCUCAGAUGGUUUACUCCUAUUACUGAGGUUAAACUUUGUGGCCAUGCCACAUUAGCUGCUGCACACACACUCUUUUCAUCUGGUUUGUUGCAUACCAAUAUUAUUGAAUUCGUAACGCUAUCUGGGCUAUUAACUGCAAAAUUAAUCCCAGCAAUCAAUAUCUCCAGUGCCUCAAACUUGCAAAAUGGCGAAACCGAUGAUGGGUUUUACAUUGAAUUGGAUUUUCCUGCUGAUCCUGUAACAGAUUUCAACUUGGAUCAAACAUCACUAGUUUCUGGGGCCUUGAUAGGUGCUUCCAUAAUUGAUAUAAGGAGGACCCAAGUUACAGAUGACUUACUUGUAGUUGUCAAAUCUGGGGAAAAUGUCACAGAAGUAAAGCCACAGCUCGAUGCAAUAGUUAAAUGUCCCGGAAGGGGAAUAAUUGUUUCGGGGAUCGCUCCUCCGGGAUCUGGAUUUGACUUCUACAGUCGAUUCUUCUGCCCGAAAUUUGGAAUCAAUGAGGAUCCUGCUUGUGGGACUGCACAUUGUUCCUUAGCAUGCUACUGGAGCAAGAAGCUGGGGAAAUAUGAUUUGAAGGCUUAUCAGGCAUCACCCAGAGGAGCAAUUUUCAAUAUUAGUUUAGAUGAGCAGAACCAAAGAGUACUUUUGCGUGGGAAAGCAGUUACAGUGAUGGAAGGGUGUGUUCUGGCCUAGUUUUAUUUAUACAAUUGCAGAUUAUGUAACCAGAAUUGAAAUGGGAGUACUGAAGUUUUUAUGAUGCAUUAUCCCAGCAAAUCUGUGUAUGAUACAGUUACCCACAAGCCUGAUUGUGUUUGUGAAGUUUAAUAAUGCAGGUACUGGUUACAUUGACA